UUUGUUGGUCCAAUAAUUGCAAAAUCAACAAAAAAUUUUUUUUUUUUUUGGACCGGAAUUUCUAAUUAGAUAACGUCAUAUAUGAAAGGAUUUGGAAAUAUGAAAAAUCAUGACAAGCUUUCGAUUUGGAAUAUAUUCGAUUCAAGAUAUCAUUGUUCGUAAUGAUGUUGUAAACUCAAUGAGAAUAUUCGUGAAUUCAUCUUGCAUUUACAGACGUCAUUUUUUUUUUACUUGGAACCGACAUCAAAACAUAUAAAGAAAAAAAAAUGGCGAUCAAUAAUUUCAAUUUCAAGUUUUCAACCUUAUUUUCGCACAGAAUCAAUUUUUAAUUUUUUUUUUAAACUCAUUCAUGUUACCUCGGAUACCAAGAAAAAAAAAUUUUCUUUUGUUUCCAUUUCCAAUGUAUAUGCUAUAAGCAUUACACAUGUGAAUGAGUCAAAUUAAACACCCAGGUUUGUAUAUCAUUUUUUUUUUAUGUUAAAAACCAUUCAUGACGACAGAGAAAAAAAUAUGCUAAAUCAACUUAACACGGCAACAGAAUCACCAGUAUGGAUUGUUGAUAAUCCAUACAUAACCAAAUGGUUUCGUCCAAUCAAUUUGAAUCAUUUUGAUUGUAUACUAUCCAUUUUUACCAUUCAUAAUCAAACGAUGAAUAUUUGGACACAUUUAAUUGGUUUAUGCAUUAGCCAUUAUUGUGUUUUGUUUGCAUUUCCAUUGCAUUUAAUUGAUUCAAUUGAUAUUUUGUUCAUGUCCAUUACAUACACUGGUAUAACAAUGUCGUAUUAUUGUUCCAUUCUAUAUCAUAUAUUCAAUAUUGGUUCAUCAUACGAACAAUCUUGUUUUCUUUCACGUUUAGAUUAUUUUGGCAUAAUUUUCCAUCUGAUUGGCUGUAUGUUAACAUUAGUCUAUUUUGUCUACUAUCAUCAAUCGUUUAUUCAAUUUGGCUAUGUCACAAUGUUCAUUUGUGUUGGAUCAAUAUGUUUAUGGAUGAAUUAUCAUUCAAUGUUCACAUCGAUUGCAAACACAAAUAUGAAUAGUUCAAAACGUACAAUGAUUUUUAUAUUGGUCGCUACAUUAUCAUUGCCACCACAAUUUACAAUUGUCGACAAUUAUCCAUGGAAAAUUGUCCAUAAUGUCCUGAUGACAGAUAUUUCAUAUCUAUUGGCUGGAUUAAUUUAUUCAUUAAAAUAUCCGGAACGUUUGUUUACCGGUCAUUGUGAUUUAUUCAAUUCACAUACAAUAUUUCAUAUUAUUAUCGUUAUAGCCGGCAUUGGAUCAAUGCGUUCAUUAUCAAUGAUAUCAUAUUAUGAAAUUAAU